CAGAUCACGUGAUUUCCGGUUUCUUUGUAAACAUGGAAGGACUUUAAAAAACUGAAACUCUGUUUUCAAUAUUAGAAAAGAAUCAUGCCAACACAAGAAAGAAUGGAUGAUGAUCACGGAAUACGUAUGAAGGUUGGAUAUAGUGGAAAUAUUUUUAUAUCAAACCUUCAGCCUGAUGUUCUGUAUGAAGAUUUCUGUGCUGAGAUUAAAGACAUUUGUAAAUUUGAUGACCAACAACCUUUUACCAUGAAGUGGUUAGAUGAGGAAGGAGAUCCCUGUACAAUAUCAUCACAGAUGGAACUUGAUGAGGCCGUCAGACUUUAUGAACUAAACAAAGAUUCUGAGCUUACUCUUCAUGUUUUCCCAAAUGUACCCCAGAGACCAGGAAUGCCAUGUGUUGGAGAGGAUAAGAACAUGUACAGAAAAGGUGCGAGAAGAUGGAGGAAACUAUACAGAAUGAAUGGUCACUUAUUUCAGGCAAAAAGAUUUUCAAAGAAAGCCUUUUGCUCAUUUUGCGCAGAUAGAAUAUGGGGCCUUGGUCGUCAAGGAUACAAGUGUAUACAGUGUAAACUAACAGUACACAAAAGGUGCCAUAAAUUAUUAAAAGUUGUCUGUGGUGCUCCAGUAGUGAAUCAAAAUGAAGGUCCAAGACCUGAUGUAAAGUAUCAACGUCCACCACCCAAGUUAACAGAUGGCCAGGACUAUAUAGGCCUCAAAGACUCAACUAAUGGUGAAUCUUCAGAUCAUGUUGCUUCUAUGGAAGUCGUCACAGGGACAGAGGAGAGUGAAGUUAGGAGUGAGUCAACCAAUGGAAAUGAAGCUGGUAGAAUAUCGUUAGAACAGUUUAAUCUCCUACGUGUGAUUGGGCGAGGAAGUUAUGCUAAAGUGCUAAUGGUGGAACAAAGAACAACACAACGUGUCUACGCAAUGAAAGUGAUAAAGAAGGAAUUAGUUAAUGAUGAUGAGGAUAUUGAUUGGGUCCAAACAGAAAAACAUGUGUUUGAAACAGCAACAAAUUAUCCAUUUCUUGUUGGUUUACAUUCCUGCUUCCAAACAGACAGCCGGUUAUUUUUUGUGAUAGAAUUUGUGAGUGGUGGAGACUUAAUGUUUCAUAUGCAAAGACAACGAAAAUUACAUGAAGAGCAUGCAAGAUUUUAUGCUGCUGAAAUUUGUCUUGCCUUAAAUUUCCUUCAUGAAAGGGGUAUAGUGUACAGAGACUUGAAGCUGGAUAAUGUGCUGUUGGACCAUGAUGGUCAUGUAAAGUUAACAGAUUAUGGAAUGUGUAAGGAAGGUCUAGUUCCGGGUGAUAGAACUAAUACUUUCUGUGGAACACCGAAUUACAUCGCACCGGAGGUGUUACGUGGAGAAGAAUAUGAUUUUAGUGUAGACUGGUGGGCAUUAGGGGUACUUAUGUUUGAAAUGUUGGCUGGCAGAUCACCUUUUGAUGUAGUCGGAGGAGCAGAGAACCCGGACCAAAACACAGAAGACUACCUCUUCCAAGUUAUAUUGGAAAAGACGAUAAGAAUUCCAAGGUCAUUGUCAGUGAAGGCAGCAUCUAUACUUAAAGGAUUUCUUAAUAAGAAUCCCGUAGAACGACUUGGUUGUCAUCCACAGACAGGAUUUAGUGACAUCAUGUCACAUCCAUUCUACCGUUCUAUUAGCUGGGACCAGUUAGAGCAGAAACAAAUCAAACCACCCUAUAAACCAGAGCUGAAGUCAGACAGGGACUUAGAACACUUUGAUAAAGCUUUUACAGAUGAGCCAGUACAGCUUACCCCUGAUGAUCCGAAAUUGAUAUCAGAGAUAGACCAGACAGAAUUUGAUGGAUUUGAAUAUGUCAAUCCACUGCUGAUGUCACUAGAGGAAACAGUAUAACAGGGAAGCAGUGUAAAGACAGGGAAACAGUAAACUGAUUGUGAUAUCAAAUUUCCGGUUGUGCUUCCUAUUAUUUAAAAUUUAUGUAAACACUAGUGUGAAGAGUUCUGUUAUUCAAUGGACAGUUUUAGAAGUAAUUUAUGUAAUAUUUUGUGUUUAAUCUGAGAUGGUCUAUGGGUAGAUAAUACAGUAUAAACAAGUGGGUUAGUGAAUCACAGUGAAACAGGGUGAAUGCUGGUGAUUAGGGUGAUUACACUCUCAUUUACAAAUCUGACAUUUUAAACCUGUGGAAAUACCAGAGACAUGUUUCAGAACAGAACACCCACAAUCAACAGUAUUCACCACCAAAAGUGAUUUUUAAGUGAAUCUCCCAAGUACAAUGAGAGACUAAUAAAAUUAAAACACAGAAUUACAAAAAUUAUUUUUAUUCUUAAGUCAAGUAUAUUUGAGAUAUACCGGUACCUGAAUUCAUACAAGCACUUAACGACUGUGUAAACAAAAUAUCUUGUGACAUAGUUUGUACUGAUCAGGUUUGCUCAAUAUUUUUUCAAAAUCUCUGUUCAUUUAAAGUUUACAGCACAUAGUAUUAGAGACAUUGUUUUUUUAUAUGAAUUUAAUAAGCAGUAAAUCAACUGUCAUAUGACUGCACAGUUUUAUUGAGAGUUUAUGGUAUGGGGCCAUUAGUUGAUUUUUUAUGCCACUUGGAGCACAAAUUAUGGAUUUUCAUUAUUUAAUUCUUUUGAAAUAUAAACAUAAAUAAUUAAAGUUAAAUGAAUAAGAAGUAUAAUAAAUUAGAUCAUUUGUUUAAAAAUAGUACUGCAUUUGUGCUCAUUUUGGUUUAAAUACUUUGUUUAAAUCAGUAAAAAUAAGCUAUAUGAUGUAGAAAUGAAAAAAGUGGAGAUAUCUCAAAUCUCAAAUAUUGAAAAUAUUUGAUGAUGAUAUAUUUGUAUAAAAUGUGUAAAAAGAUUUAUUUAUGACUUGGACCAAUGAAUAUUUUUAGUUGACUUAUUUUAGAUUAAUGACAUUUUUAGGUCAAAAUAGAUGUAGAUGUCCUGUUAGUGCAGUUUUUGAAGCAAUUUCAGUAUAUUAAAUAUUAUUUGCAGCUAUUAGAUAAAGUGGUAAGAGAAAGCAUGCAGUCUUUGAAGCAAUUUCAGUGUAUUAAAUACUAUUUGCAGCUAUUAGAUAAAGUGAUACGAGAAAGCAUCAUAAAUUGUACAGAUCUUUUUACUUUUUUUCUAUUUCAGUAUUCUGUAUUCAUACAUAUCACUUUUUUUAUACAUGUAUUACAAUAAUGUGGUAUUUGAUUGUAUAACUAACAAUGUAAUGAUAAUAGGUUACUGUUGACAGGGAAAUUUUUGUUGCAGUCUUUUUAUUUCUGGCUAAUUUUGUGCUCCAAGUUAAUACACAAAAAUAGAACUACUGUGAAUAUUACACAGAAACUGGUUUAAUAGGACAAAGACUGUAUAUGUAUAAAUACCACCUGGAAAUUAUGAAUUCAAAAGACAUGACAUAUUUUAAUUCAUAAUCGAGAAUAUAAGAUGGCACAAAAAUUUCCCAGUUUACAUUAUAAAAAUUUGAAUGCAUUUUUGGAAACAACAGUGAAAUAAUAUAUAGAAAAUGUAUUUAUUGUGUGAUAAAAAAGCUUUUUUGUUGGAAAUGAAAGCUAAAUACUCUAACUUCAUAUUGAAGUCAUUACAACAUAUGCUCAUUUUUACAAGCUUACUUUUGUCUGCUUCAAAGCACCAGCAAAGGAUCUGAAACUAUAUUUUCAAAAAAAAACAAAAAUCAUUAAUUAGUUACUGGUAAAUGAUUUAGUUUUUGUCAAGGGAUGCUAAAAAUAAUUUUGAUGUAGUAUUUUCAUAAAAAAAAAGACUUUAUAAAAUACCCCAUCGUUUAAGAAUCUAACAUCUAUUGGAUAAUAUUGUGAGGAGUGUACACCAAUAUGUUUUCACUGGAACAACAAUAACACUAUCUCCAUUUUGUAUACGAACAAUAUAAUCACUCAAAAACAAUAGACAUUUAUGUAAGUUGGUGUAUUUAUGGCCACUGCACUAUGUCAGACAAAUAUAUUUGGUUUGGACUUCCAACAAGCAGAUGUACAAUAAUAAAGUUAGUUAUUGAUUUCAUUAUUUCAUUGGUAAAAUUGAUUGCUGCAAAAUAUGGGGAUGAAGCAGUGAAUUUUUUUUUUUAUAGUAUUUGGAAAAUGGUUUCUAUAGCCAAAAUAUAUCUAUUAACAUACAAUUUAUUUAUAUGAUAACAGAAAACGAAAGUGUAUCAAUUAAUCUAGGCCAAGCAAAUACAGAGUUGGGAUUUACUUAUAAAAAUAUUUAAAUGUAAAAAUUAUUAAAUGGUUAUUUUGAAAUAAGAUAUGGACACUAACAUCUUUAUAUGAUAAAAAAUGUAUUGCUAGUAUGAUAUAAAACAAUUAAUCCUGAAAAACUUAUUGAAGAAGACAAUACGACAUAAUCUAGUCUAUGUACAAAUAGUGUAUUAUAAGAAUCUCUUUCUAAAAUAAACAUCAUAAUUUUGUA